CACUUUUCCUGCUGCGAUCGUGCUGAUUUCAGUGUCUGGUAAACGGUCACUACAGUGGAAGAAUAUCUAUUGCUUUGCGGUCCCUAGCGACUCGUCUACAAUUGGUUCGCUUUCUCCCUCUUUUAAUUAAUUACCUGGAGAUCUUUUUUUUUCCCGCUAUGAACUUAAUAUGUUGUGUGACUGAUCAGCGUCCCUUUCCCCAGUCUCCCUUAGCAACAUGGAUUCUGAGACAGGAACGAGGAGAGAGGGAAACAGCAACGAAAAACAGAAAGAGACUGAGUUGGACAGGAGGGGAGGGCGAGGUGUAAGCAGUAGGAAGGUGAUGUCGUAAAGCAGUGUCGUAAACCAGGUGCAGGGAGGGGAGGUGGAGAGGAGGGGGGCCAGGGAGGAGGAGGUGACUCCAGCAGCAUUUAGACACAGCGAAAGGAUCAUGGCGGAUGGCCCCAGGUGUAAGCGCAGAAAACAGGCGAAUCCGAGGAGGAAUAACGUUACCAGCUAUAACAACGUGGUGGAAGCGAACUCCGAUUCAGACGAUGAAGACAAGCUGCAUAUCGUGGAGGAGGAGAGCGUGACAGACGCUGCAGACUGUGAGAAGAAUGUGCCAGACGAUGACUUGCCAAGCAGCCACGCAGUAUUACCAGAGAACGGGCAAGGAGAGGAGGAGGAGGAGGAGGAGGAAGCUUGGGAGGAAGAAACAAAAGGAGAAGACACCUUGGGGCCUGAAGCUCAGCCAGGGGACGUUGGAUUUAAAGUAGACGAUGCAUGUGGCUCGGAAGCUGAAGAUGAACAAAACAAUGACCCGAUCGUGGAGGAAAUGCUGCAGCAGGCAGACACUGCUGUCAUCUACCCAGAGGCACCUGAGGAGGAGCAGAGGCAGGGGACACCCGAAGCCAGCGGCCAUGACGAAAACGGGACGGCAGAUGCAUUUUCUCAGCUGCUCACGUGUCCGUACUGUGACAGAGGAUACAAGCGAUACACGUCUCUGAAAGAACACAUCAAGUACAGGCACGAGAAGAAUGAAGACAACUUCAGCUGUUCCCUCUGCAGUUACACGUUUGCCUACAGAACACAACUUGAACGUCACAUGACGGCGCACAAAUCUGGGCGGGAUCAGCGUCAUGUAGCACAGUCUGGGGGUAAUCGGAAAUUUAAGUGCACUGAAUGUGGAAAGGCAUUUAAAUACAAGCACCACCUAAAGGAGCACUUGCGUAUCCACAGUGGGGAGAAGCCAUACGAAUGUCCAAACUGCAAGAAGCGUUUUUCCCACUCCGGCUCUUACAGCUCCCACAUUAGUAGUAAGAAAUGCAUUGGUGUGAUGCCUGUGAACGGACGGCCUCGGCCGGCGGGCAAGACAUCUCAGUGCCCUUCUCCAUCCCUCUCUUCAUCCCCCAGCACCCCUGCCAGAACACAGCUCCGGGAGAAGGGCGACAACAGCAAGCCUUUACAAGAACAGCUUCCCGUCAACCAAAUCAAAAUCGAACCUGUGGAUUACGAGUACAAACCAAUAGUGGUGACCUCUGGAAUCGGCUGUGCCACGCCUUUGCAAAACGGGGCUUUCAACGGUGGCACUCCACUGCAGACCACGGCUUCACCCCAGGGUGUGGUGCAAGCUGUGGUCCUGCCAGCUGUUGGGCUGGUCUCGCCUAUCAGCAUCAACCUAAGCGACAUUCAGAAUGUUCUUAAGGUAGCCGUAGAUGGGAACAUUAUCCGUCAAGUCCUAGAGAGCGCCCACGCCAAUGCAGCCAAAGAACAAGGUGGAGUCCAGCCAGGGGGCCAUUCCCUCAUCUCAGCAUUCAGUCUUCCUUUGGUCGAUCAAGAUGGAACAACCAAAAUCAUCAUCAACUACAGUUUGGAGCAGCAGCCCAGCCAAGUCCAGAUUCUGCCACAGAGCUUGAAGAAGGAGAACCCCAGCCCCAUCGAAAUCUGUAAAACGGAGAAGUUACCCGAAGACCUCACUGUUAAGCCUGGGAAAAGCAAAAUUCCCAAGUCUGAAAACAGUAGCAGCACAUGUCUGCUGUGCGAUGACUGUCCAGGUGGUUUGGAUGCACUUCAGGAGAUUAAGCACUGUAAUUUGAAAAGCGAAGGUGGAAUUUUGACUUCUCAGGUUAAUGGAGAGAAUGCAGAGAAAACAGAUUCCACUGUUUCGUCCCCCACCGCUGAGGGAAGUCUAUCCCUCGGCCAGCCCCCCUUAAAGAACCUCCUGUCACUCCUAAAGGCAUACUAUGCCUUAAAUGCACAGCCUACCACAGAGGAGCUCUCGAAGAUUUCCGAUUCAGUAAGCUUACCACUAGAUGUGGUGAAGAAGUGGUUUGAAAAGAUGCAGACUGGGCAGAUCCCUGUGGGAGCUGCCAGUCCUUCUGAACACGAGGCCAUUUCUUCUGAGAGUGAUGAAACUCAGAAUAGUUUAGAUCCCGCAGGAGAUAUACCGGACAGCACGACAACCACAGAGAGGCCACUUCAAUUGACUAAAACCCAAGUUAUUUUAAUAACUCCUUCAAGUGUGAAAACAAAUAGCUCCAGAACUAACACACCUUCCCCAUCACCACUAAAUCUCUCUUCAACCGGGCCUGUGCUCGUGAAGACAGAAGAGGACACUGAGGAAGGGACACAGGCGGAACCUCUUGACCUAUCACUACCAAAGCAACCCAGAGAGGAAAUGGAACAGGCCACCAGUAGCAGUGUUUAUCAAAACAGUGUUUACUCCGUUCAAGAAGAACCUUUGAACUUAACUUGCACAAAGAAGGAUCAGCCGCAAAGUGACAGUAUUAAUACAAGCCCAAAUCCUGUUUAUGUUUGCCCACCAAGUGCCAACCCCAUUAACAUUGCUAUACCCACAGUUACCACUCAGCUACCUACGAUUGUGGCCAUUAGCGACCAGAGCAGUGUCCCAUGUCUGAGGGCUCUGGGUACCAACCAACAGACUAUACUAAUUCCACAGGUUACAUACACAUAUUCCACUUUGGACACCAGUCCUGCAGUACCAGAAGCCCAGCAGAAAACAGUGCAAGUGAAUGGAAGCCAGGAGGAAAGACAAGAGACGAGCUCCGAGGGCGUCUCAACCGUCGAAGAUCAGAAUGACUCAGACUCUACUCCUCCAAGGAAGAAGAUGAGAAAAACAGAACAUGGCAUGUAUGCCUGUGACCUGUGUGAUAAAAUAUUCCAGAAGAGUAGCUCCCUUUUGAGACACAAGUAUGAGCACACAGGUAAAAGGCCUCAUGAGUGUGGAAUCUGCAACAAGGCUUUCAAACACAAGCACCAUUUGAUAGAACACAUGCGACUGCACUCAGGGGAGAAACCGUACCAGUGUGACAAGUGUGGCAAGCGCUUCUCCCACUCAGGCUCCUACUCGCAGCACAUGAACCACCGCUACUCUUACUGCAAGAGAGAGGCCGAGGAGCGCGAGGGCCCGGAGCUCAACGAGGAAGAGGAGGAGGGGGAGGGGCCCGGAGCCACAGGGGAGAUCCUCCCCAGAGAGCAGAUGUCAGACAGUCGGGCCGCCUCCCCUCCCUCCCUCCUGGACUCAGAUGACAGAGAAAGCAGCACACGCGGGGAGGAGGAAGAGGAGGAGGAAGAGACGGAGGAAGAGGAGGAGGAGACGGAGACGAAGGAGGAGACGGCGGAGGAGACGGAGACAAAGGAGGAAGGCGAAGAUAUGCAAGUAGGAGAAAAGGAACACGAGGAUUCAGAAGAGCAUCAGCAAGAGAAAGGGGAGAAAAUGGAGACCGAAGAGGGGGCAGGUGAAAAGGAAAUGGGCACUGACGAAAAACCAAGUGAGAUUCCGGGGGUUAACAGGGAGGAUUCAGAAGAGCAUCAGCAAGAGAAAGGGGAGAAAAUGGAGACCGAAGAGGGGGCAGGUGAAAAGGAAAUGGACACUGACGAAAAACCAAGUGAGAUUCCGGGGGUUAACAGGGAAGAUUCAGAAGAGGAAAAAACGCCAGAAAAAAACGACGGUGACAAAGAUAAAAUAUGAAAUGUAAUGGAUUAUUUUUCUGAAACGGAAGAAAAUAAUUACAAAAAAAACUGAGCGUUUAUACAAUAUAAAUGUUAUUGUUGAAAACACGGUAGCUUGGAUGCUGUGUUUCAGUUCACUACUGUGUAUAAAUCCAGGUGUGCCUGAAUCUCGAAAACUAGUAACUUUUCCACAGGAGCAUUUUCAGUGUUAGAAAUGGAGUUUGUAAAAAUACAGGAAGUUUAACAAAAAACAAAACAAAACAAAAAAAAAAAAGUUGCAUAUACUGACUUUGAAAGCUAGAAUCAACAGGUUUUAGAUGAUGUUUUAUUACAAAGACAUCCUGGAUCAUUUCUUUUAUCAGUGUUAUUAAUUUCUUCACUCAUGUUAUAACCUUUUAAGCUGUACAGUUGGGAGAGAUUUCUAUACCUUUUUAUUGCCAACGAAGUUUGCUAAAUCAGUAUUUUAUUAAGUUAGAAAGAAAGAAAAACCUCUGCACUACAGAAUCCCUGGUUUACAGAAACAAGCAACAUGCUUCAGUGUUGUCUACCCUUCAGUAUUAUUGCAUUAGGGCAUAGUUUAGAAUAGCAUUUGUUUAAGUGGAUUGUUAGCCUUAAAAAAGCGAGUCCUAGAAAAGUUAAAGAUGUCAGGGACAAAAAAUAAAUCAAUGCGGCGAUUGAUAUUGUAAGGAGAAAUUCCAUGCAGGGAACAGACUAUCAAAGCCAGUGUUUUUUUGUUCUUUUUUCAAGUCAGUGUUCAAAGUUCAAAUAAAGUAAGGUGAGGGACAUUUGUUGAAUCCCCCAGACUUAUUGCAAGACCUCUGUGCUGUAAGUGCCAUUGAACAGUGUUAUUUUCAAUAAAUGGCCAUCGCCAGUUUUAAUGCAGGACCCGUAUUCACUCAAAUAGUCUGGUUGACCAUUGUCUCAAGCCUUGUCAGAUGUUGUUUUAAAUACACCAAGCAAAGUGAAGUGAGGUCUGUUAUGUUUUUUUAUGUAUAAGUGCUGCAUGAAUUCUGGUUUGGCUAAUGCCUGGAAAGGAAAAAAAAAAGUCUCAAUUACUAAGGAAAAGCUUUGUAUAAACUUCCUGCCACAUUAUAUCUGUCCAUUUUGGAUAAGUAAUGCACUUGCCUCAAGCUUAUGACAAGCUAGCCUGUACUUCAAAUAACAAAUGUUGGUAAAUGUGGUCCCAAAAUAUUAAGUGUUAGCUGGGUUUACCUGUCAGUAUUAUUUUUAAUUCUGUUUUAUCUUUUAGGGUUUAUUUUUUAUUUGUUAUGUUCAUGCAAAAAUAUGUGUACUGUAUGUUUUAAAGAAUGGCAGUAUUAAUACCAUACACACUGAUACAUGUACCAGUUUAGUUUUAGAAAACUUUUAUAUUUAUGUGUCUUAUUUUUAUAUUUCUUUAUGGUUAUUUAUUACACAAUGUAGUGUAUAAUACUGUAGUUUGUAUUAAUACAAUAAUAUAUUUUAGUAUGAAAAAUAAUUUGGAAGGUUGAUAAGAUUUGAAAGCUCGAAGUGAAGCUGUUUGGUGUUGAGGUUUCUUUGAAAAGUAUUACGUUAACAUUUCAGCUUGUCUGGCAAGAUAAACCCCAAGAACAAAAACAAAUGCAAGUUGUUUAUCUUUGCAUUCAUAUUCAAGUUAGUUUUAACGUUACCCAUUUUAUUAUGAAGCUACUGAAUCUGAAAACUAACUGUGUGACUAAUAGCAUGAGAUUUUGCUGUUUUAUUGAAGGAUUACCCUAACCAAUAUGCUGUAUAAUGUCCUUUUACAAAGCCAAAAGUAUAUUCAUGACAUACUUGUUUAUGUUUUAUGUGUGCCAAUUUGUUUCUUUGUAUGUCUAAUGCAAGGCUACACCUUUUAUAAGUUCCCUGUUAAUUCGUGGUCAUUUUUUAUAGUUUUUUUUUUUUUUUAUUAUUACCCGACUCCCCAUAUCACAAUAAAAUACAUCAACAAA